UAUCUCAUAGUACCUAGCAUUGGACAGAAAUAAGCAAUCGUAAUUCUAAUUAGUCUCGAGUAAAUACAUCCUUUUAGUUAAAUCAAAUCUCUAGUUUAACUUGACUGUCAAUUUUGGAGAUUAGCCUACUGAUGUGCUUUAAAUCAGUUACUCAAACAUUUAACUGAGCAUGCCACCUAAAGGAAAAUCAACAAAAAAUAAGGAUGAUAUUCAAAAGGGAUCAUCCAAUGAAGACUCUUCUAAAAAUCCGCCAAGGGAUCAAGAGGAUUCUCAACCUGGACCAUCUACUUUAGAAGAUUCUUCUAAGAGUGAAAUAUGUUUGAAAGCAGAUAAAUCUCCUCCCUCAAAAGAAGUUAUAAGAAAAAGUCCAGUUUGUGAGCUAACUUCUGAUGAAAUAUUUGAGAGAAGCGUGGAAGAUGAUCCAGUAGUAUAUGAAGUAAAAAAACUUCAAGAAGCUAGAGAACCUUUUGAAAAGAUUCUCAUGUUUCAUCUUGGAAAAAAACGCUUCACGGAUGAUCAGCGAAAGAGUUGGAUCAUGACAAUAAAUAAGAAAAGAAGCGAACGAAGUUUGAGUAACAUACCUACUGAAUACGAGACAGAAGCCUCAAAAGAAGUUGCACAUUUGAAAUUUACAGAAGAAGAAAUUUCAAGUUUCUGCGAUAGAUUAGAUAAAGACGACUAUUGGGAUACAACAAAAUCAAAAGAAAUGUUAGUUCCUGAAUCCGAAACCUCUUCGGAUUCUGAGGUAGAAAUGGAAGAAUCUGAAAUUAAACCUCCUCACCAAACUCCUAGAAGAUCCCCAAGGCACAAACCUAAGAGACCAUCCUGGAAAGAAUACAAGAAAGGAAAAAACUUCGAAUCCGCAUAUUUUAAAGGGCAGAUUGAACACUUCGGCGUUAAGAAAGUCAUCAAGAAGAUAGUGAAGAUAAUUUGGAGAAAGAAAAAGCAGCAGUAUAUUGAAAAAGGUGAAAGCAGUUCAAUUGAAGUUGGCAAAAAUGAAGUACAACAUUUGCUUUUUGAAGCAGUUGGAUUUAUGGAAAAGAGAUAUCUUGGGCAAAUAAAAGCAGCAGCGCUCUCUAUUUAUCCAUCUGAAGAUGAUAAAUUCGAAAGUGUGUGCGAAUCCGGAACUUAUGAUAGUCAAGAUGAUUGGUUUCCUAACAAGGAGACAGAGGGCUCCAAAAUAAGUAAAAUGUCAGUUUCCGUGCCUACUUCAACCCUAAAGGAAUAUGGUCUUUUAGACAUAUUGAUUGCCACCCUUCCGAUGACCUUAAAUUAUAAUGAUCCUGCUGAUACAUUGGAAUUCGUAGAAAUAUUGAAAAGGGCCCGGAAUCGUGUACCUGAACAUAUCUCUUUUAAAAAUAUUCCUACAAUGAGCAAAUCUGAAAGAGUUGAAAAACACAGCGGGAAAACAAUUAUAUGUACCGCUCUCGUCGAACCACCGCCAGAUUUCGAACGCUUGGAAAGAACUGGCGCCAAGGAUUAUCUGAAACAAAUACCUACUCAAGAUGACGAAGAAUCUGAAACAAAGUCAAUCUCUAAUGGUGUAAAAAACCAUUUGAAACUUGAGCUUAAUGAAAGUAAAUCUGAAUCUCCGAUGCAAUUAGAUACUGAGACUUCAGAAGAUAUGAAGUUUAUAGAUGAAUCUUCAGCGGAAGAAUCUGAAGAUACGGUGCCAUCGGAAGACAGUGAUCAGUUAAAAAGAGGUCGCAGCCCUGUGUCACCAAAUACUGCAUCAAAAAAGAAAAGCCCUGAACAGUGAGAAUGGACCUUAAGAUAGAGAUGCUUUUUGUUCAUUUUUUUAAUCUUCGUAUUUAAAAGAUUGUGUUUUAGGUUUAUCUAUGUUAUGUGUUUCUAGAAUAUGCAAUAAAUAUUUUCUGCUUAUA